UGUGAACGGUGAGCACCUGUAAAUGCAGUCAUUCUUGCUUGCUUUGCUGUUACGAACUAAAAGACUACUGCUGGAUACCCCCCUCCCCCAGUUUCAUUGAUGAUGCCACUGAGAAAUCUCGGGAAAUUAAAAGGAGCAGCCCCACUCUUGUAGACUAUGCUCUUCCUGUAUUAUCAAGCAUAGACACCCUGCUUACCACAUUCAGCCACCAUAUUCAGCUACGAUAUUGUUCUAUUCUUCUGGAUUCGAGAGUGUUUACUUGCGGUCAAAAGGCAAAGCAAACCAAACAAAGCAAUCGCCCCAAGCCCAAGAACUUGUCAACUUUGGGUCUCACAAAUAUCUUGUCGAGUCCCUGGUUACAGAUCCAAUUCACUGGUCUUGCUCAUUACAAGUGCCAAGACACAAGAGAGGCAUCCGAAACCUUGCAACCACAACCAUGUUCGACAACAGUCUCAUUCAACAACAGCAUCAACAAAGGCAAAGGCAACGACGACGAGGCUUGCCCGAAGAUCCCUCGGGCAGUUUUAACAGAGGCCGUCCGCUUCCACAGCAGCAGGAGCCACCUUUCAGCCACAAUUUGCGCAGCAGCAGCAGCAACAACAACCACAACAAACCGCCACGAGCCAUGCCUUGCUUGACAUCGUCCGUGUCGGGUCCUUCUGUCCUUUCCAGAUCACACGACUUUGCCUCGGACGUUUCGGUGCUAUCCUGUGCUUCGGCACAAGAAGCCAAAGCAUGGUUCUGUGUCAACUGCUCCUACCGAAACAGUGACAUGUACCAGACUACCUGCGCUCUCUGUGGCUGUGCUCGAUGCAUCACGGGAGCCACCAAUCAGUCCAUUAGCAGUUGCGCCAGUGUCAGCAGCAACAAUACGACAACCACUGGUGGGAAACAGACCAUCUUUACCAUUGACAGCAACAUCUCCCUGUUUGGCAACCAAUCCAUACGCUCCGCUGCCUCUCGCACCACGGGUACCGGUGCCAGCCAUUCCACUAAAGUCGUCUCCAACUGUUCCAAUCUCUUUCUGAGGCGUCCCAGCAACGAUCAUCAGCAGAACAUCACAUCUUGCGCCAAAAUUGCCCGUGGGCCCCUGAGACGUCCCAGUACGGAUCAUCACAACACGUCUUGCGCUGUGAUUGCCCGUGGCCCCCUUCGUAGGCCCCGCUGCGAAGACGAGGAAGAAGAUGGAUGUGCUCAGCCACCCAAUCAUCAUCAUCAUAACAGCAACACUGCUCUGGAUGCCGUGUCGUCGUCGGAUGAUGAUGAGAGUGAUGAUGAUGACUAUGAUGAUGUGAGCAUUGCAAGCCAAGAUACCUGCCGCAUGGGCAGUCUCAGCAGCAGUUCAUGCAGCAACAGUGUCGAGGCCAAUGAUAGUCACUCCUCGGGAAGCGAAGACAGUGUGGAUGACAGUUUGGACAGUCAAAAGUCUCGCCGCAAGGUCGUCCCUCACGAUGAACCCACAGAGAUGCAACCCAGACAUGUGCGCCGUCGUCCUCGUCAGUUGCCACAAGCUUCUUCUCCCGUCAAGCCAUUGCGCCAAGAUGCCAUUGUCGUGGCUACGACAACCGCCACGACGGAACCAGUCAAAAAGAGCAGCAGUACCCACAAGAAAAAGUCCAUUAAGGAUUUCAUCCCCGGUCUACGACGUCGACGCCGUUCCAGCAACCGCAGUAACGCCACCACGUCGACUGCAGCUCUGAGCUUGGCCAGCGGUAGCAGCGGAGGCAGCAUCAAGUCCAAGUUUAGCAGUCUGGAAACGCUUUCGAGCCAUGUUCUCCCCCAUCACGAUGAACAAGCUUCCUGCAGCACUCAUGACGAGGAAGACGACGACGAUUCCGAUGCCUUUCACAAUAGCUGUGGAAGGAGUGAUUGGUGCCAAGCUGGCAGUGUACGUCGACCUGGACUGCACCCUCUCAUGCCCACGGCUCGCUAUGGAGAAAACUACUACUAACUAAGAAAGCAAUCUCGACUCUCAACACUACUACUACUAUACUACUUCUAAUCUCUCAAAACUACCACUACUAUAAGAAUCAAUCUCUC